CAGCGGCGGUCCCGGGGCGGGGCUUCGCGGGGCGGGGCGGGGCCGCCGCUCCCCGCGCGCCGGUUCCGGUUUAGCGGCGGGCGCGGAGCUCUCGGGCCUUGGCAGCCGCGGUGCCCGGGCGCGUCAUGGCCGCGACCGCGUGGAUGCCCACGGUUUCUCGAUUGCUAGGUGCUUUCAAAAGCCAAAAAAAGGUGACCAGAAGUUUUGGUAAUGCUGUACAAACAGUAACUUUAAUCCCAGGAGAUGGCAUAGGACCCGAGAUUUCUGCUGCUGUCAUGAAGAUCUUUGAUGCUGCCAAAGCACCUAUUCAGUGGGAAGAGAGGAACGUUUCGGCUAUCCAAGGACCAGGAGGGAAGUGGAUGAUACCCCCAGAAGCCAAAGAAUCCAUGGAUAAAAACAAAAUGGGAUUAAAAGGGCCUCUGAAGACCCCAAUUGCUGCAGGGCACCCAUCAAUGAAUCUGCUGCUGCGUAAAACCUUUGACCUGUACGCCAACGUGCGUCCGUGCGUGUCCAUCGAGGGCUACAAAACGCCCUACACGGACGUGAACAUCGUCACCAUCCGCGAGAACACCGAGGGCGAGUACAGCGGCAUCGAGCACGUGAUUGUUGAUGGGGUUGUGCAAAGCAUCAAGCUGAUCACAGAGGAGGCCAGCAAGCGCAUUGCAGAGUUUGCUUUCGAGUAUGCCAGAAACAAUCAGAGAAGCCACGUGACUGCUGUGCACAAGGCAAAUAUUAUGAGAAUGUCUGAUGGGCUUUUCUUGAGAAAAUGCAGGGAGGCAGCAGAAAACUGUAAAGAUAUUAAAUUUAAUGAAAUGUAUCUGGAUACUGUAUGUCUGAAUAUGGUUCAAGAUCCAUCUCAAUUUGAUGUGCUUGUUAUGCCAAACUUGUACGGUGACAUCCUCAGUGACUUGUGUGCUGGACUCAUUGGGGGUCUUGGAGUAACACCGAGUGGAAACAUUGGUGCCAACGGCGUGGCCAUUUUUGAAUCCGUUCAUGGAACAGCACCAGACAUUGCAGGAAAAGACAUGGCAAAUCCAACUGCCCUCCUUCUGAGUGCUGUGAUGAUGCUGCGCCACAUGGGACUGCACAAACACGCCACCAAGAUUGAGUCCGCUUGCUUCGAUACAAUUAAAGAUGGCAAGGUCUUGACAAAAGACUUGGGAGGCAAUGCCAAGUGUUCAGAAUUCACAGAGGAGAUCUGCCGCCGAGUACGGGACAAAGACUAAACCUCCUCCUCCUCCUCCUGCUGAGGACUCUGGAAGGACAUGUCACAGAGUACAAUAUAUGUAACCUGAUAUCCACAUGCAUAGAGUUUGCUUAUCUCCUGAGAGCAAACUUUUUAGCUGAGGCCUCUCCAUUAAUAAAUCUAGUCCAAAUGGCUACAAA